AUGUCCAGUGCUCAGGACCUAGAAGAGUCACUUGCAAACUAUGAACAGCUCAAGGACAAAAUGCAGACGCUGAAGCUGCGACUGGCAGAGUAUCUGCAGAAGGUCCAGGCGGAUUUGCUGGUAAAGAAACGUGAAUACGAAACGUCGAUGCUGCAUCUUCAAGAGAAGGAACGUGACUUGAAUGCGAAAUUGCGAACCUACGAGGGACUCCAUAACGAGCUUCUUGAAGAGCUGAACAAGCUUCUGUCGGAUAGAGACGCGUCGUCGUCGCGUGUGCAACAGCUUCGCAUUGAGGAGGAGAAGCUGGUGAGAGAGAAGGCCGAACACGAACACAAAAUCAAGGUGAUUAAUGACGAACUGGAAGAAAGUAUGAAAGCAAUCAGUGCGCGCGAGACAUUCAUCACUAAACAGAGCGAUCUCAUAGAGGACAAGGCGUUCCAGCUGGAGCAAUUACUGGGACUUCGAAUGGAAAACGCAGGAACAGAGAACCAUAUUUUAUUUGUGUUCAAGAACGUUGAUAGCCGAGACUAUUCGCGCGAGGUUUCGUUUGUUUUUGAUCCGGAAAAGUACGCGAUUAUCGAGACAGAUCCUGUUUUGGACCCCGACACCGUGAAGAAAGUCAUGGACGCGUUCAUGGACCACCAGGAAAUCGGAUACCUAUGGCGAGAUAUGAGAAAAGAGCUUAAAAGACGGGUAAGAGUGUGA